AUGACGGACAGAGUCAACUUCAGCACUCCCAAAGCCCCCUCCCGCCCCACCGCUGCCCCCGCCCUCCCCCCUGAGCCGAUUGACAUCAUCCGCACCAAAGCCCGGUCCCGGCGGGUCCAGCUCAACGUGGGGGGUCUAUCUCAUGAGGUGCUGUGGAGAACGCUGGACCGGCUGCCCCGGACCCGGCUGGGCCGGCUCAGAGACUGCAACACCCACGAGUCCCUGCUGGAGAUCUGCGACGACUACAGCCUCUCUGAGAACGAGUACUUCUUCGACCGGCACCCCGUGGCCUUCUCCUCCAUCCUGAACUUCUACCGAACAGGGAAGCUGCACAUGAUGGAGGAGAUGUGCGCCCUGUCCUUUGGCCAGGAGCUGGACUACUGGGGCAUCGACGAGAUCUACCUGGAGUCCUGCUGCCAGGCGCGCUACCACCAGAAGAAGGAGCAGAUGAACGAGGAGCUGAGGAGGGAGGCGGAGACGCUGAGGGAGAAAGAGGGAGAGGAGGAGGACCAGGGAUGCUGUCCUGACAAACGCCAACAGCUCUGGGAUCUUCUGGAGAAACCCAGCUCCUCUGUGGCUGCAAAGAUCCUGGCUAUGAUAUCCAUCUUGUUCAUCAUCAUCUCCACCAUAUCUCUGUCCCUCAACACUCUGCCAGAGCUCCAGGUUGUGGAUGAAUUUGGCCAGUUCAAUGACAACCCCAGCCUGGCCCACGUGGAGGCAGUCUGCAUUGCCUGGUUCACCAUGGAGUACAUUCUGCGCCUUCUCUCCGCCCCCAACAAGUGGGACUUCAUCAAGGCACCACUCAACAUCAUCGAUCUGCUGGCGAUCCUGCCGUAUUACAUUACCCUCUGCUUGACGGAGUCCAACAAGAGUGUGAUGCAGUUUCAGAACGUGCGCCGUGUGGUCCAGAUCUUCCGAAUCAUGCGGAUCCUGAGGAUCCUAAAACUGGCCAGGCACUCCACGGGACUCCAGUCUCUGGGCUUCACUCUGCGAAGGAGCUACAACGAGCUGGGCUUGCUGAUCCUCUUUUUAGCCAUGGGCAUCAUGAUCUUCUCCAGCUUGGUGUUCUUUGCUGAGAAAGACGAGGACGCCACAAAAUUCACCAGCAUCCCUGCCUCCUUCUGGUGGGCCACUAUCACUAUGACAACCGUUGGGUAUGGAGACAUUUACCCACAAACCCUGCUGGGUAAGAUUGUAGGAGGACUCUGCUGUAUAGCAGGUGUGUUGGUUAUUGCUCUUCCAAUCCCCAUCAUCGUCAACAACUUCUCUGAGUUCUACCGAGAACAGAAGCGUCAGGAGAAGGCCAUCAAGAGGAGGGAAGCUCUGGAGAGAGCCAAGCGGAGUGGAAGCAUCGUUUCUAUCAACCUGAAGGAUGCCUUUGCUCGCAGCAUGGAGCUCACUGAUGUGUUAGUGGAGAAAAGAGAGGAAAAUAAAUGUUCUGUAGACAAUCACCUGACCCCUAGUCGUUGGAGCUACCACAAGCACUACUCCAACGUGGAGGUGAGCAGCUCAUCCAGGCCACAGCACUACCUGGAGGUCGCUCAGUUGGGCUCACCUGAACGAUCCAAGCCUUCAUCUAACAGGCCAACUCCUCAGCAUCUCAGUGCAAAGAAACUGGAAGAGGCCUACAACCGGACGGCCCCCACUCAGCAGCAGAGGAAACACACGAUAGAGGAGCAGAUGGAGAUGAACACGUUGACGUCUGUCCAAGCCUGCAAACCUUCACUCACAAAGUUUCCCAUCUCCGAUGUGGCUGAUACUUCCUCAGAUAGAGGAGAAAGAAGCUCCUUGCUGCCAGGUGGUCAGUCUGGGGUCCGGCAGCAACGUGUUCCCCCUCCCCUGGAUCUGAGUCAGAUCAGCAACAUGGACAGGAAUCAGGACAGAGUCCAGCCAACAACCAUCAUCAAAGAGGGUUUGUAUGAGUUUGUUUCCAGUCCCAAGGAAGGUGGAGAUAAGCAGGGCAGGAAAACCUCUGGCAGCGUCUCUAAUUCUGAUCACAGCAGCUCCCAAAAGAUGAAAACCUGUAAGAUCGACUUUGACGGAUCUCGGGAUGAUGUUCUCAUGGCAGUAAUCACACCAGUGGCAACCUCAGCCAAGCUAGAUCCAGGACUUCCUGAUGAUGCAGCGUCCAGGUUUUCUACAUCUAGUUCUGUAACACCUGAUCCUAAGUCUCUGUUCACAAUCCCACAAUCACCGUCUUCUGCCCCGCAGCCUGGCAACCCCUGUGGGGGAGGUGAAGGCUCACUGGCCAGGAGCUUAGAAGGUGAAGGGCAGCUCACAGGCUUAAGUCACCAGGGGAGGAAUCACAUGGAGAGGUCUGUUGUUGGCUCAGGCAGCGUUUCCAGUCCACUGUCAGCUAAAGCUAGCCCGCUCAACUGCACACAGGAGCUGGUAGGCAUGGGGGCAGGAGCAGAUGAUGUGGUAGGUAAGGAGGUAGAACAGGGUGGAGAAACACAGGAAAACCACAUUGUCCUGGAUGGAAGCUUGACACCGCCCUGCGAAACAAGCAUGUGAGUGGGAAUGUGGAUGGGAUCUUAGGAGACUCUGACCUUGUGUGGUAUUGCAGCUUUUACUCACCAUGGAAACAAGAAAAACUGGUUAGGAAUUCUUGUUUCCACUGAUCCCACAGGACCUUGGCCUCAUCUCACUGCUGACGUCCAGAAAGGUCACGGCUCAUGUGUCGACUCAAAUAAAUUCAGAAUUUCCCGCCGAUAAGGAUGCUGUUUGAAUAUCUCAGACCUGCUCGAUGAAGAUCCGGCUGGGACGUCAAACUCGUCUUUCAGGACUCAGAUCAAAGCGAAAACAAAGCCUUGGCUAAAAUGAGGGUUUUUACUGUUAUGACCAGUUUUUGUGUUGGAUUUAUGGUUUCCUGUUGCUCCCCAGUAGCCCUUCGUCAUAAUGACUUGGUGUGCGAAGAAAAGUCGGACAGUGGAAGGAAAUUUUAUUUUUAUAUUUCUCUGAGCAACUUUUGAAAAUGUGUUUUACAAGACUUGAAAAAACCUGCAGCAGUCCUUAUUCUGUUCUGUAGAUCAUGAAGAAAGUCCCUCAGUCUAUAGCAAUAGCAAAGAAGACUUGUCUGUCUGAGCCAUCAUAUCUAUCCUUGUGCUUGAACUAUGCUUUAUUAUAUGGGUCUUUAAGUUUUAUUUACCUUUUAUUUAAUUUAUAAUCUCUCCAUUUUCUAUGCACCAGAACCUGUGAUGAAAGCAGGUUAGUGGAUCAUGGGAAGCCCCCCACUAAGGGAAGACGAGUCAUCUUUUAUAUGUUUAUAUGUUAAACUGUGGCUCAGGAUGAUCAGAGCUGAUGAUGACGAGCACCCGAGCACAACUCUGGUUUGGUCUCUGUGAGACUUGUUUGCCACAAAAUGUUUUUUAUCAGAACUUGGUCUGGUUAAGUUAAGAGUUUUAAAACGUUGGAUAAAGGAGGCAAUCGAGAUCAGGAAGCGGGCUAGCAAAUCCAUAGACUGGGACAAGGGGGCAUACAUGCUCUCACACAUUUGGGAUUCCCUACUCCAGAGACAAUGUUCAUGGAUGUUACAACAUCCUAUUAUUAUUGUCUGAAUAGAAGAAGAAGGAGA